AUGCCUGGGAGCGAUGUAACGUCCAGAAAAAGACUAUGCUUCGUCACUAUCGGCGCAACCGCAUCCUUUGAUCAGCUGUUGGUCGAGUGCCUUGACCCUUCGUUUCUCAAAGCCCUCGCUAGCCUGGGUUUCACACAUCUUGUAGUGCAGUACGGCAAAGAUGGCAAGGAUCACUUCGAUCGUAUUUUGGGCAAUAGAGCUCUCUUGUCUAAUCUUGGACUCCAAAUCUCGGGAUAUGAUUUCAAAAUAGACGGCAUCGAUGAUGACAUGAGGGCUGCCAGAGGAAGCCUCAAUGAUGAAACAGGACUCGUAAUCAGUCAUGCUGGAUCAGGAUCAAUCCUCGCCGCCCUUCGUGUUGGCGCGACUCUGAUUGUAGUGCCAAAUGAAGCUCUCAUGGACAACCAUCAAACCGAGCUAGCUAAGGCAUUACAGGACCAAGGAUAUGUUGUAUACGGUAGGGUUGGAGAUCUUCCAAAUGCGUUGCAGCAAGCAGAAGGCAUGCAAAAGCGAAGUAGAGAGUGGCCACCCGUCAACAGUGGUACCCAUCGACUUACGAAAGGUCUGAGUGGUGUCAUGGAUGAGGAGCUGGGGUUCCUCGACUAA